AAAGAUACAGUAGAUAAAGAUAAAGAAAGAGAGGGAGAGAGAGAUUUAGUUUUGCUGCUAAAGUGGGUGCUCAGGAUUCUCAAGCUUAAUAAAUUCCCACCUCCCCUCCAAUCUUAUUCGAAUUUGAAACUCUCUCCCACUUCUAUCUCUUUUCUUUGUCUAUCAUGAAGAGCAAGCGAAUUUAGAGUAUAGAGAGAGAAGACGUUUUUGUUUUUGCAAGAAAGGAGGAGGAAGAAGAAAAUUAGAAUGACCACAGCAAGAUUCAUCAAGUGUGUGACUGUUGGUGAUGGAGCUGUUGGGAAGACAUGCAUGCUCAUCUCUUACACCAGCAACACCUUCCCCACGGAUUAUGUGCCAACUGUGUUUGACAACUUCAGUGCCAAUGUGGUGGUGGAUGGAAGCACAGUUAACCUUGGACUGUGGGAUACUGCUGGACAGGAGGAUUACAACAGGCUGAGGCCUUUGAGCUACAGAGGAUCUGAUGUCUUCCUGUUAGCAUUUUCCCUCACCAGCAAAGCCAGUUAUGAAAACAUCGCCAAGAAGUGGAUCCCCGAGCUGAGGCAUUAUGCCCCAACCGUGCCGAUUAUUCUGGUAGGGACAAAAUUGGAUUUAAGGGAAGACAAGCACUACUUGAUAAAUCACCCCGGUGCGACCCCAAUCACAACUUUUCAGGGAGAGGAGCUGAAGAAGAACAUUGGUGCUGCUGCUUACAUAGAGUGCAGCUCCAAAACCCAGCAGAAUGUCAAGGCGGUCUUUGACGCCGCGAUCAAGGCGGUUUUGCAGCCUCCAAAGCCGAAGAAGAAGCGAAGAAAAGCAAGGCCAUCAUGCAUCUUCCUAUGAGACAUCUACAUUGCCUCAUCCAGACGGCGAUAGUAUAAUUCUAGAUCAUCGGAAACGUACCCGCUUCCAGGACACAUUCUCAAAAGACAACCCGAAAUAUUUUCUCGUCAUCUGUAAUUUCCUUUGCUCAUUUUUCCCUCCCAUCCUUCACUUCAGCUGAAUACCUGUGGCAUUGUAUUGGGAGUUAAUUCAAGGAUUACACCAUAGAUUAUACGCAUAAGCAUAAAGAGAAAGGGGCUGAGGCUUGAUCAGUGCAUGCUUUUUGAGAUAGUUUGCUCUGGCUAAGUACUGUCUGGUUUACUCUACUUUGCCCAAUAUGGUGUCAUCCAAGAAUUAACUAGAUAUAAUUGUCUGAUAUUUUACUUUAAAAUAAAGUAAGAAAAAGUUUAAGCU